AUUUGCAACUAGGAUUUGGGAUUUGAUUCUGGGUUGGGAAAACCCGAAGAAGACGGUUUGAACGAAAGCAUUGGGCUAGCGACCCCUCCGCCAGUCGCCAUAUUUUCAUCUCGUUGUGCGAGGUUAUCGUGUCGAAAGUUUUUAUGACUUUAUUGAGUCAAUUCGGGCCAUUGGUGUCCCAACCAUUCACCAAGAGUUAUCCACAACUUUGGAGAGGAUCCCCUCAAUUAAGGUUUAUGAAUUUCUGCAGGAACCACAAACAUCAGCUAGAUCCGGAGAGUAGUGUUCAGCAUUGGAAACAUAAAAGGAUAAAUUAUCAUCUUCCAACAUGGCUGGCAGUGUUAAUGUCAACACCAGCGUGUCCGACCAGUUCUACCGCUAUAAGAUGCCUCGUCUCAUAGCCAAGGUAGAAGGCAAAGGGAAUGGCAUUAAAACGGUGAUUGUUAACAUGGCCGAGGUUGCUAAAGCGCUUUCUAGGCCGCCGACGUACCCCACAAAAUUCUUUGGCUGUGAGCUCGGCGCUCAAACACAAUUUGACUUCAAAAACGAGCGCUACAUCGUUAAUGGAUCCCACGAUGCAAGCAAACUCCAAAGCCUUCUGGAUGGCUUCAUCAAGAAGUUUGUCUUGUGUCCAGACUGUUCAAAUCCUGAAACAAAUCUGAACGUCAGCGUGAAGAAGCAAAUUAUCUUGCAGCGCUGCAUUGCCUGUGGCUAUUCUGGGAUAGUGGACAUGAAUCAUAAACUGACCACGUACAUCCUGCGUAAUCCUCCUGAUCAGGAACCUGGCUCAACUCCAAGUAAGAAAGAGAAGAAGAAGAGGGAUAAGCACGACAAGCACAAGAAAGAUGAGGAAAAGAAAAGUGAUAAUCAGGACAAUGGUCAUACAGACAACGCCCAACAGCAGAUGGCUGCGCAAAGGGCCUCGGGAGGUGUGGUGGACGCGCCCCCAGAGGUGGCUGGUAACAAAGAGGAUGAAGAUGACUGGGGUGAGGAUGUUAGUGAGGAUGCCGUAAAGAUGAGGAUGGAGCAGCUGACCGAUGCUGCUAAAGGCUUGGCUUUCUCUGACGACCUGGAGAAAACGCCCCAGGAGAGGCUUAAUAUGAUCUACAAGUAUGUGGAGCAAAAGCGAGAUGCUGACACUUUAGCUGGAGCAGACAAGGAGAUUCUUGCAGAGGCUGAACGUCUGGAGGUGAAAGACAAAUGCCCCCUGAUCUUGGUGGAGCUGCUUUUGUCCGACAAAGUUCUGCAGGACAUCAAAACACACAGGAUUCUGUUCUUGAGAUUUUGUCAUGGCAACAAGAAAGCCCAAAAAUACAUGCUUGGUGGCUUGGAGCAACUGAUUGGCAAUGUGUAUAAGGAGAACUUAAUGCCCAAAGUUCCCCACAUCCUGAAGACUCUGUACGAUCUGGAUAUCCUAGAUGAGGAGGUCCUCAUUGAGUGGGGAACAAAGGUGUCAAAGAAAUACGUGUCAAAAGCUGUGGCCCAGGAAAUCCAUGACAAGGCCCAACCAUUCAUCAGCUGGCUGAAGGAAGCUGAGGAAGAAGAUGAUGACGACGAGGAAGAUGACGAAAAUGUGGAGGUGGUGUAUUCCACCACAGAGAAAGUGGGAGCUCACACUGUGGAGCCCGAGAAAGACGAGCCAGAGGAGGAAGACGAUUUCGACAUUGAUGCUAUCUAGUUGAGAAUGCUUGAAACUAUCGGAACUGCCAGAUAUUAUAGGCACCCUGGACUACAAAUUAUGAUAUAACCGAUGUACUUAUAGUUGGAAACCAGAAGAAUUUGUCAUUGGUAACUACCUGCAGUCUGCUGGAAUGAGACUUCAUUCUGAUAAUGUACUCCAGACCUAGUUGACAUUUCCCAUAAGGGAUUAUAUACUGAAUAGACAUCCAAGUGCUGAUCUGUGAAUUUUGUUCAUGAUGAAAACUGUAUAAAAUUGAAUUAAUUUUUUCCCCAGCAUUAUCUCUAGAAAAUUUCAAUUGUUUUUGUUCAUGUUAUUGGUAAAAAUUGUGUCCAUAUUAAAUUGUUAUUUUGAUCAAAAAUGGAAUUCCCUUGGAAACGUGCUGUAGUUGUUGACAUUGUAAUCUUAGUGUUUUUUUUUCUUCUCUUUGUGGUAUUUGUUUUUUAUGUACUACAUGUUUGUAAUGUUGCUAAGCCCUUUUCCUUGUGUUGACGUCUGAACUAUUGUUUUGAACGGAAUGAAAGCAUUUUCAUUUGAAAGUUGUGCAUUUUCUGUUUUUAAUGCUGGCUGUAUCUAAAUGUCAAGCAAAUUGGAAGGGUAUUUUUUGACAUUGAAAGUGCACUGUAACAAUUUGGUAGAUGUUGGGUAAUUUGUAAUCGUGACUUGUAGUCUUUAUCCAGUGCCCUUCUUCCACGUAAAUUUUUAUCUGGUGAAAGCUAUCGGCAGUGGGUUCGACCAGUGUUCAAAGCAUACAAUCUUCAGAGCCUAUAAUUGUACAGCAUUUAUUGUGAAAGUGUAAAUGAUCUUGUUUGUGAUUGAAAAUGUAUGAUUGGAAUAUUUAUUGCUUGAAGAUAUAUUAUAAUAUUGUUGAUGAAAUACAAAUAACGACUAUGUUCAAAAUUAUUAGAAGUAUGUGAAAUGAGUCAAAUAAAUGAAGCUCAUAGCAU